CUCCUGCACAACAUGGGCAUUCGCGGACUAUGGACAUACCUGCAAGAGAAACAAAGCACCGUGGCUGUAGAGUGGAAGGCCGAGGUGGCGACGGACGCGAGUGAUGAUGCAAGCCAUCGUCCACGACUCCUGGUCGACGGACUUGGCUUCAUCUUCCAUGUCGUGCAAGGCGCUCUGCGAGAACGUGCCGAUGCUGGCGGUCUCAAGUACUUGGCUCUCCUUGGCGUUGAUUAUGCCAUCGUUGGCCCUGCGCUCACACAUGCCCUUGAUGCUCUUACUCGUCGUGGCUUUGAUGUCGAGCUGUACAUGGACGGAUCUCGGGGCUCGGCCUCGGCGUCAUCGCUCAAGGCUGCCGCCGCUGCAGGUGCGGCCGGUGCCACGGGUGCUGAUCGCGGCUCGCUGUCGUCAACAAACGGCGUUGUUGCCAAGCGGAACGCAUGGAUCUCGCGGAUGAACGAGGGCAUUGCCGACAUGGCCGCGGCCAUGGCCGCCCUGGCAGGCUACUCCUCGCCCAUCGGCCUGCCGUGGACAAAGCCGCCGCUGAUGAAGGAGGAGGCGCUCGAAGCGCUGGCGGGCAUGGACCACGUCACUAUUGUGAGCUGCGACGGCGAGGCCGAUCCGAUCAUGGCCGAUGUCAUGCGGACGGCCGAGGCCGCCGCGCCCGGCGCCGUCGCUGCCAUCCUCGGCUUUGACACUGACUUUGCCGUCAUGGCGGGGCCCAUUCGCUACCUCCCGCUGCCCUGGCUCAACUUGGCGGCGGCGGUGGCUGAUCCCAGCUUGCCUCUCGAGGGCUGGCUCAUCGAGCCGAUCCGCGUCGCCCGCAGCCUUGGCCUCGGCGACUCGGUCGACGCCCUCAUCGAGGUCGCCAUCGUCCUUGGCGACGACUUUUCCUCGCACUUUGUCCACCGCUACAACUUGCCGGGCAUGCUUGGACUCAAAGACUACCACCGCUCCGAGAAGCGGACAUGGGUUGCGCCGGCCGAGGCUUCGGGCUGGCUCAUGGCGCUCCCGUCGCCGCAGCUCGAGGCUGCGCCUGUUUUGGUCGACCUCAUGCAUCGUGACGGCGACGUCUGCCGCGCCAUCACCUACGCCCGCUCAUUCUACGGCUCGUCGGUCACCUCGUACGUCCAGCCGCAGGCCUCGCCCGAGCAGGAUGCUGCCGUCACCACUGUUGCCACCGGUAUUUCCGGCGUCCCGCCUGCCGUCCUCGACGCACUCGCCGCCGGCACUGUCCCUUCGUGGGCCCGCACCGUCGCCCUCCGUGGCGAGGCCUGGUGCUCGCUUCCUCUGGAGACGCUGCAGGCCUCGCAGCUCUCCGCCACCGACCUCGUCGCCCCGCUCCGGCUGGUAUUUUACGAGAUCGUCCUCGGCGGCUGGUGCGGCCUGCCGGCCGUCGCCGAGUUUGUCCGCAUCGGUGAUAACGUCCGCAUGGUUGCGCGCGAGCGCUGGUCGGUCAUUGCCUCGCACUUUUCGCAGACCUUCUUUGCUCCGCUCACCGCCGCCGGCAUCCCACACGCCGCUCUCGACGGCCCGCUCCUCGCUCUUGUCCGCGCCCCGCGCAUCUCGUUUGACCUCUCGGCCGCUUUCUUUGAGUACUUUAUUGCCGUCGCCACCUCGCAGGGCACCCGCCAGGUCCCGCCGACCACGGACGAGCCGCAAGUCCUCUCCGGCUACUACUUUACCACUCUCGUUCGCGUCAUCGCUGUUCUCGGCUCACGCGUCGGCCUCUCGAUGGACGAGCUCGCUCGCAUCGCUACUGCCAUGGUCGCCGCCCGCUCGUCGUCGUCUCGCGCCGCCAGCUACCUCGCUGCGCUCGAGGCUGAGGAGGGCCUCACGCCCGGCGCUGACCGCCCAGCCCUCCGCGCGGUCUCUAUCUUUGCCUGGCUUCAGCUCGUCUACAAGUACGUCAAGGCUCUCGCCCGUCUCAUCGGCCUUCCAACGGCAUCGUUCCCCCGCCCCUCGUCUGUCCUCUCCACGCUCGCUUUCUACGCCGCACUCGCCGCCGAAGGCUUUGACGCCGCCGAGGCUAUGGAAUGCCCCGAGCUCCGCGACGUCUUCCAAACCGCACUCACCGGCCUCGCGCAGCCGACGCUCGACUACUACGCCGAGUCCGUCGAGGCCGCCGCCACCGCCGCCGCCGCCGCCGCCUCGGAGGCCGCUGCCCGCGCCGCCGCCGCGCCGCCGUCGGUAGACGAGCUCGCCCAGCUCAAGGCCAUGGGCGAGGGCCUUCCGGUCUCGGCACAUCGCGACCACAUUGUCCAGCUCAUCGACUCCCAGCAGAUCGUGUGCAUCGAGGGCGAGACCGGGUGCGGCAAGUCGACCAUGGUCCCGCAGUUUAUCCUCGACGCCCACCCGGAAGCCCGUAUCAUCGUCACCCAGCCGCGCCGCCUCGCCGCCGUCUCGCUCGCCCGUCACGUCGCCAACAUGCGCGGCUCGCGCCUCGGCGCAGAAGUCGGCUACCGCAUCGGUGGCGAGCACGCCGCCGCCCGCGGCCGUACUGCGCUCACCUUUGUCACCACCGGCUACCUCCUCGCCCUCCUUGUCCACCACCCGGACGCGCUGGCAGACUACACCCACGUCGUCCUCGACGAGGUCCACGAGCGUGACCUGGACAUGGACCUCCUCACGCUUGUCCUCAAGCUCCACCUCCGCCAGUACGGUGUCAAGCUCAUCCUCAUGUCCGCCACCAUGGACGUCAAGGUCUUUGUCGACUACUUUAUGCGUCCCAUCGAGACAACCAACGCCGAGACCGGCGCCACCGAGCGCGUCGUGGUGGCAGACGCUCGCCCGCCCAAGGUCUUUGUCGGCGUCCACCGCUUCCCCUCGCGCGUUGUCUACCUAGACACCAUUUGCGAUCUCGCCGACGUCGAGCGUGCCAUCGUCGUCCACGAGGAUGGCGACGGCGACGCGGUCGCUCCGGCCUCCGCGCCCGACUUUGAUCCACACGACGCGUUCUUCGAGGUCGAGGUCGAUGAAGCUACCCGUGCCUCGCUCUUCCAGGGCCUGAAGACCUUCUGCAAGUCGUUUGGCGCGACGCUGCCCGACAAGGCUGCCUUUGCCACUCUCGCCCAGCCUGGCCCGGCCGCCGCUCCAGCGUACGUCUCCCACGCUCGCGUCCCGCCGCUCCUCGCCAAGCCCGAGGUCCUUGUCCCGCUCCUCCGCGCGGGCGUCGGCGUCGUCGAGGCGCUCGCCGAGCCCGGCGCCGCCGUUCUCAUCUUUCUGCCCGGCCUCGGCGCUAUCACCGAGCUGUACGACAUGUUUGAGCAGAACGCCAACGUCUACUCGGCGCUCACCCACUCGGGCACCGUCGGACGCGAGUCCAAGCCGCUUCUUAACCUCGUCGUCCUUCACUCCUCCAUCCCGCGCGCCGAGCAGGAGGCCGCCUUCAACGCCCCGCCGCUCGACGCCACCAACGUCGUCCUCGCCACCAACAUCGCCGAGUCAUCCAUCACCGUCCCGGGCCUCACCGCCGUCCUCGACUACGGCCUCGAAAAGGUGGUCCAGUACGAUCCCAAGUCCAACAUGACCUGCCUCCUCCGCUCAUGGGCUGCAAAGUCGUCGGCCAAGCAACGCUCCGGCCGCGCUGGCCGCCUCUCGCCCGGCACUGUUGUCCGCAUGUACCCCAAGUUCUUCUUUGAAGACUACAUGCCCGAGUACGGCAAGCCCGACAUCGAGCGCAUGCCGCUCGAGCGCUUAGUCCUCCGCAUCCGCCAGCUCGGCCUCGGCUCUGUCAAGGACGUCCUCGCCAAGAUCAUCACCCCGCCCGCAGAGUCACGUGUCGUCCGCGCCCUGGAGGAGCUCGAUGCCUGGGGCGCCAUGCGCUCGCGCGCCGAAGACGCCGAGAUCACCAUCCUCGGCCACAUGGCCAUGGCCCUCCCGGUCGACCUGAAGUACGCCCGCCUCGUCUUUCUCGGCGUCACCUUUGGCCUCCCGGUCGACGGCAUCAUCAUGGCUGCCGCACUCACCAUCCAGGACGUCUUCUCGCUCCCCUCGCCGUUCUUCCUCAAGUCGCUCGCCGAGUUCCGCGCACGCAUGCACGAAUCGCUCCUCGACCGCGCAAAGUACGAUGCCGGCGCCUACUCGGAGCCCAUCGCUGUCCUUCGCCUCUUCCGCUCCUGGCUCGCCAAGCGCGCCAAGGCCCGCCCCGGCACCGAGCGCUCCGCACUCGCCCGCUUUUGCCGCGCACGUGCCGUCUCGUGGAAGCGCAUCUCGCAGCUGGAGAACCUCGUCAAGGAGAUCGCCACAAAGGUUAUGACCUUCCUUCCCGCCCAGGGCUCUGUCCGCGCCGCCGUCUACUCGCUCUCCAAGCUCCGCGUCCACAACUCAGCCGCCGGCCGCGUCGCCCCGGACCCGCGUCUCAAGGCCCUCCUCGCCGCCGCGUUCCCGCUCAACUACCUCCGCGGCUCAAAGACGCCCAAAAACGUCAAGAUCGCACCGGCUGUCCUCGCCCGCGGCCUCCCGCCAGAGCGCACCGUCAUCUGGAACUCGCUGCCCGAGGCCUCCGAGUCGUACCUCAAAUCGGCGCUCGUCGCCGAAGGCGAUGGACCUCCGCUCGACUUUACCCUCCACCGCGGCUCGGGCUGGUACGCCAUGGUCUUCCCGGAGCCUCCGGCUCCGCUGACGCCACCCGCCGAUCAACUGGAUGCCCGGCCCAAGCUCGCGCUCGAGGUGCAGCUCAUGCUGCAGCUCGCCAAUGGCCGCGGGCGGAUGAAGCUCCCGUCCAAGGCCUCCGUCGUUGGCAUGGUCCUCGGCAAGGCCAAGACCGUCGACGUCCAGCCGCCGAUGUCGCCUUGGCAGCUCACAUGGGCCCCCAUGGGCGGCUUCUCCGACGCCGGCAAAGUCUACCCGUACUUCCGCUCGCCGCUCGCCGGCUACGCCCUUGUCGACACCUCGACCAAGACCGCCCGCGCCGUCGCCGCCACCAUCCAGGGCACCAACUCGGCCGACAUCUUCCGCGCCACCGGCUGCACCCUCCUUGAGCCACUCCCCCUCUACGACGGCAUCCUCCUCACCACUAUUUCCCGUGGCUGGGAGCUACAGGCCGUGGUUGGCGGCCUGGCGAGCGACACCAUUGUCGGCGUGGUCUACUGGCUCGACUCGACCACCGCCGGCUCAGGCAAGGUCUGCAAGGUCGCUUUUGCCAAGCCGCUCGGCCUCGCGGCUCUCUCAGCUAUCAACACCCUCCGCGCCAUGCUCUCAUCAGCCUUUGACUCGUCCGGCGGCAUCGUCGACCUCCCCAAGCCGGCCGAGCUCACUGCCGCGCUCGAAGCUCUCGAGCUCCCGGCCAACGCGCCGCUUGACGUCGUCCUCGACCAGUCGCUUGUCGAGCUCCAGUCGAACGUUGCUGCCGACCUCACUGUCGCCAACGCCCCGCGUGCUGCCACAGACGGGCCGAUCCUCGCCCAGUUUGCGAGCCUCAGCUCAACGCUCCAACCCGCAUGCGCCGCUGAUGGCGGCAAUGCGUCGGACGGCGACCCAGCCCGCGUCGCCUGGCUCGUCGACCGGGUUGAAGAGACGCUCAAGCGCAUGGGCAAACCGCUCGACUCUGCCACGCCCGCAAGCAUCACAAAGACCAUGCUCGAGGUCAUCAAGUCGCGCCUCGUCCUCAACGACCACAAAAUCGCCGGCGUCCUCCGCCCAGCCCUCUGUGAUCGCCUCCAGCGCGCCGGCUCGGCCUCGAUGGCCGACUUUCUCACCGUCCACGCCAAGACCAUUAACGAUCGCAUGGACGCGUACUUUGCCGCGCUUGCCGACCAAAAGGCCGCCAUGACCGCCGCCCGCGCCCUCGCCGCCACGCCCGACGCCGAUCGUGCUCGUGCCCAGCACCUCCUCGCCGCUAUGGCUGCCGACAUCUACGACGACUACUACUCGGACGAUGACGAUGUGUAUGGGCGUGGCAACUAA